AUGCGCCCGGCGCUUGUUCGCUUACUGAAGAGGCCAUCCGCUGUCUCGGUCCUCGACUCUUUAGUAUCAACGCCGCUUGGGAUCGAACAAUUGGAGCUAAAUUACAAGCGCUUACGAUGCCAAAACCGAACGAUAUCGCAGAGCACCAGCCUCAAUGAACCUGAAUUCGGAUCUCAACCGUCGGCCACCAAGGAGUCUCCCGCCGCUGAAUACAACAAGUCGAACCGACAACCUUUCAGCUUUCGUGUGCACGAGAUAGGAUCGUCGCGCGAGAAGACCGAUGAUGAUAUACCGCAUCCAAAGAAAUACCCGGGUGCAAAGGCACCUGCGCGCUCAUUGGCAUUACAACAGGAAAGGCUGGAAUUCGAGUCGGACGUUGGACAUAUCAAGGACAUAGGCACGAAAUUAGUGGACGAUCCAGCAAGACGGCAUGAUUUUGCUCUCUGGGAGGAACUUCUUCGUCAUCGACAGCGUCACUAUGGAGACAAGGGCACUUUAGACAUUUGGGAGGGAUUGACGAUUCGACAUGAUGGGAUAGAGCUGCCUGUCGAUGGGGAGCACGCAGAUUUCCUUUGGGAGAGCUUCAUCGAGCUUGGCCUGAGACGGGGGUUACUCUUGCAAGAAAUUGUGACUUAUGCUUCUGAGCUGUGGAAAAAAAGUGGUAAACGGUGGGAAAGGCUUUACCUCAAGGUUGUCGGUGGGCUUCUGGAACGUGGCAUGGUGCAGCAAGCAGUCACAUGGCAUGAAAACCUGCAACAUCCGCAUUUGUCGAACCCAAAUGACAUAUUACAUCUCCUUGAGCCAGCAAUAUCGCUUGGUGCUCAUCAAAUGGUCGACCAAGGGGCGAUAGCUCCCGGCGUACGUGCGUUCAGGCAAAUUUGUCGCAGAACUCAAGUCCGUCAUAUAUAUGGCCCAGUUAUUUCGAGGUUGCUGCAGUCAGGGCUUGGGAGGGAGGCAUUAUGGAUGCAUAAUUUUUUCGUCUCACACAAUGAACAUCCGCGAAGAUUUGAGGACAUCCAGAGGUUGCUGCAAUAUGCAAUGGAACAUACGCCGACAUACGUUUAUCAGAAACUGGAAACAUAUGCAAUGGAUACGUUCGAGUCCAAGCGUGUGGAGUCCAAUGACCGGAAUGUGACUACUGGGGAGGAACGAGUCGAAAAUUACAUGGUGAAAGAAAAGCCGUUCAGCGACGAGCUAGGUGCACGGCUUUUCGCGACUCGAUCAUUCAACUUAGACAUGAUUCUUUCGGGGCUACGCAUGCUGGGGGUGACGGCUAUUGGACCGCAAUCAUUGCGUGAGAUGGCAGUCCGCGCUCACGGAAGCCAGGACCUUCUGGACAAACUCCGGCUGCUCCAGAGAUCAGGCAUUUCUGUUGGUGACAGCGUAUUUGCGCGCUUGAUUCGCAGACUAGCAGAGGAAAAACGUGAUAUCCUUCUUUCCGACCUACUUCACAGCGACCAACAUCCAGAUGUACUUGAGGAUGCCACUAUGCAGGAGUCCCUUCUAAUAUCGUACUACAUGACACGCGAUUGGCGCCACUAUCAGAUGACACUAGCCAUUCUUGCUGAGCUUUCGGAAGAAGGCCCUGAGCUCUUCAACGUGCAUUUCCGGAAACAAAUUAUUGCAGGUCAUUUAAAAUCUGCAGCCAAGGUCGUGGACACGAUGACUUUGCGCGGCCGAACCCUAACCAAGGACAGUCUUGAUCUCCUGGUUCGCAAGGCUCUCGGUCCACGAAGGCCAGGGGUUGGGCCGCCAGUAAGAUUUGGCCUCCACCCUAGCAAGGAAGUGCUCGUCGUUUUUCGAAUAUUGAAGCGUGCUGUCCCAAAAGGCUGUCAUGUGGAUGCUGAUCUCUGGGUUGAGAUAUUGAAACGAUUUGGAAUGACCCACCGCUGGUAUGAAGUUCGAGAUUGCUCCCUUUGGCUGGCGCGGUUUUAUUCCUCACUAGCGAAACCGCCUGGCAACGAGCCAUGGCCCAUUCGUCCAUCAGACCAACACAAAGCUAGGAUAGCCAUCCCACCCGCACACUAUGGAAGCGACAUGCUGAAGGCAAUCUUCAGCUCCCAGAUGCAGGCCGCCCUCGUCUCGUGGGGAUUCCGCUGUCGGGUUUCCCUUUCCGAGGCAAAGGCCUACAACCCCUUCAAGGUGAAGGGUGAACAACUAGUUCCUUGGGUUCGUGGGCUGGUACUCCUCCGAGAGCUGGAGCAACAUGGCAUCCGACUCGCAAGGUAUUGGAUUCGCCGCACAUGUCGACACCGUCUGGCCGUGCUCUUCGGGCGAGAUCGGUUGUCAAGCCGUCCCAGAAACCGGAUGUUGCGCCGCGAGAACCCAUAUGACGUGCAUCAGGUCACCCAGGACAUGAACCGGGCCUGGGGCAGUCAUACCCUGUUUCGUGGUUGGGAGGUGAAAGACUUGCACCGGUUGGUGAAUCCACCCAGCACCAAAAUGUCUCUGAAUCGGACCCGGCGUACCGUAUUCCGGGCAACUCACCUGCGCAAGGGUGCGUUCGUGCGGACAAGAUGA